AUGAAGCUGAUAGCUGUCUUCCUGCUGGUGACCAUCAGCAUCUGUAGUUACUCUGCUACUGCUUUCCUUAUUAACAAGGUGCCCGUCCUUGGGGAUAAGAUGUUACCAUUACCUCUGGACAAUGUUCUUCCCUUCCUGGAUCCAUUAAAGAGUCUUCUGAAAACUCUGGGGAUUUCCGUUGAGCACCUUGUGGAAGGGCUAAGGAAGUGUGUGAAUGAACUUGGACCAGAGGCUUCUGAGGCUGUGAAGAAACUGCUGGAGGCCCUAUCAUACUUGGUGUAACAUCAGGGAAGAGAAAGACAGAAGAUAGAAUCACACUGAGGAAGAAACUUCC